AUGCCGCUGGAGUUUGAGAAAAGAGAGGGGCAGAGUGAGGAUUUUCGGACGUUUUUGGAGGAUGUGAAGCAAACGGACCGAUGGCGCGAGCAUUUGAGGGUAGUUGGGCUAGAUAGUAGGGUGGUCGGCCAAUGUCAAGCAGCUGUUGCUGAGGCUGUGGAGGCGUUUGGGCGCAUCGACGUGUUGUUGUGCGCAGCUAGUGAAGCUGUGAUCGGGUCCGUAGAAGAACUUGCGCAGACUAGCCGGACAAGAAGUCUGGUCGAUGAGAUCUUCGAGAUCAACUUCUUCGCGAAUGUCAACAUCAUCAAAGCCGUACUUCCGUUCAUGCGCGAACGAAAGAAUGGCCACAUCAUCGUGAUAACUGGUAUCACCGGCCACCUUGGAACCCCAGGCCUAGGAAUGUACUGCUCCUCCCAAUGGGCCGUCGAAGGCUACUGCGAUUCCCUCGCCUACGAAAUCGCCCCCUUCAACGUAAAAAUGUCCCUCGUCCAAGCCAACAUGGAAGUCAACGUCCUCACCAACCGAAUAACCUCCGUGCCCCCCAUGUCCGAAUACCUGCAAGGCGAGAACCCCGCGCCCCUAGCCCGCGAAAUCUUCUCCGGCCUCCUCGACAAACUAGAAAGAAUCGACAACCCGUCUGCCCACCCCCCCUUCGACGAAAACACAACCAAUACAACAAAAUCCCCCGGAGACGAAAGCGUAAUAUACGGUGACGAGUUUGUAUGCGCCGUUGCCGGUGGGGGUGAAGAGUAA